GAUGGGUAACCCUAAGAAAGGCAAGAUCGAAGAAUUAGAAUUAAAAAAACCAUGGAUGACAGAUGAAAUUCGUAAUGAGAUUCAAAGAAAAAACAAACUGUAUGCUAAAGCAAAAAAGAACAAAGAUGCCGUAGAAUGGGAGGAAUUUAAGGAUCUUCGAAACAAAGUAACAAGGAUGAUAAGAGAUGCAAAAAAUGAAUAUCUUGCAAAGCAUCCCGAACAGGCUCAUCUGUAUCCAGAUAGUGAAGAUCUAUGCGAUAUGAGAGAUGAAAAUUAUGUCAGUUCUGACGACGACAACAAGACUUAUUAUUGCGAAGUCUGUGAUAGAGAUUUCCCAUCUGAGGAUGAUCUCUCUGAUCACAAACGCAUACACAUGGUUUGUGGGAUUGAUGGCUGCACAUUUUCGGCGCAUCCCUCACUCGUUGAAAAACAUAUUAGUAUGCAGCAUCGUUCUGGUUUGUACCAAAAAUUGAAGAACUUAUCGACACCAGAAGAUAUUGAAAAAUGGAUAACGGAACGGAAAAAGAGGUAUCCCACUGAAGACAACAUAAAAUUACGCAAGGCAGAAGAGCUAGAAAAAGUACAAAGGGGAGAAGUAAUCAAGCAGAAUUAUAAUAUACGAUCGAAAACAAAUAAGACGAAUGUUCGUGAGAAAAAACGCAGGUCUCGCAAACGGCACACACGCGAAACCAACAGCAAUUGUAUCCGUACAGAAGAAACAUAUAGAGGUUUACGCCCGUUUGGUGGAAUAACUGAUUUGCAAGAAAAAACUGGUGCGGUUUACUUAGAUGAACAGGUGGAACAAACAAAUUUCUGUGGAAAAGAUAUUGAUAAUAUUUCGGAUGAGGAUGAUAUACCGCAUGCAUCUACAGUACCAGAAUAUGUAUCGCAAACAGCAGCAGAGUCCACUAAUUUACCAACUGUAACCAGUUCGCUUAUAUUACCUAGUUUAGUAGCAGAUUAUGAAAGUGAAGACAGUGAUGAUGGUCCAGAAGAAGUAUCUAUAAAAAAAAGAAAAACGGAAGAGAAUCUGCAGGAUGAGAUUACAGAAAAUACAAUUCAUGAAGAAAAUUCUACGGAAGUUUGUGAAAAGGUUUCUAAUGCGCAGUCUUAUACCAACGCGGAUGAUGAAUCAAAUAAUAAAUUUCAAAGUACAGUCGUUACAGAUCAAAAUAAGCAAAGCCGCGAACCAAACAUAGUAGUUAGUAACAAAAAUGAGAAAUUUUUUCUACGUAGAUAUCAUAAUCAAUUGUUAGAAAAAUUGCUUUCGCGUUCUAUACAACACGAGAGAAAUUUAAUUUGUCAGUGUGUGAAAUAUAUUAUAGAAAAUAAUUUCUUUGAUAUAAAUUGAUCUA